AGUGUGUGUGUGUGAGGGAGGUGUCUUAUAUGGUUGGAUGGAUGCUUGGGUGUGUGAGUGCACCUCUGUCACUCUCAGGUGGAUGAGCUGCAAUUUGCACAAAACGUAAGGGUGUGUGCAUGCGUGUGAGUGUGUGUGUGUGUGUGAGAGAGAGAGAGAGAGAGAGAGAGAGAGAGAGAGAGAGAGAGAGGGAGACAGAAAGAGAGAGGGAGACAGAAAGAGAGAGAGUGAGAGGAUGGGGAUGUCUUGAUGCAUUGGACUAGGUUAUCCAUCGCACUAAGGGACUCUUAAUUCUGAGCUGUAAUCUGGAAGCAACUGGACACAUGGAUAACAGGCAGCCCUGCUCUCCUGCAUAAGCAGGUGACGCAAACAUGGACCCUGACAAUUCAAUUGAGCGUAUUGAACAGGACUUGAAGGCCACUUUGCUGCCAAUGCUCGUCACUAGAGACUCACUGGAGGACUUCAACGAGACCACAGGGAAUCAGUUUCAACAACCUGAUUGGCAGGUGGCUCUGUGGGCUUUGGCAUACUCGCUCAUCAUCCUGGUGUCCGUUACCGGGAAUGUGACGGUCAUCUGGAUCAUUCUGGCUCACCGGCGGAUGAGGACCGUGACCAACUACUUCAUCGUCAACUUGGCUUUCGCCGAUGUUUCCAUGGCAACUUUCAACACUCUGUUCAACUUUGUCUACGCGCUGCACAACGACUGGUACUUUGGCCUGGGCUACUGUCGAUUCCAAAAUUUCUUCCCCAUCACGGCCAUGUUUUCAUCCAUUUACUCCAUGGCGGCCAUCGCAGUGGACAGAUACAUGGCCAUCAUCCACCCUUUGAAGCCACGCCUCUCCUCCACCUCCACCAUGGUCGUGAUUGCACUCAUUUGGAUCGUGGCUAUCUUGCUGGCCUUCCCGCAAUGUUACUACAGCGUGACCAGAUUUUACUACCCCAGAACUGUGUGCAUGGUUGACUGGCCGGAUGACUACGGAGGGACGCACCAACUCAGCUACCAGUUUGCAGUGAUAUUGCUGAUCUACUUGCUCCCCUUGCUGGUGAUGCUGGUGACCUACAGUUUGGUGGGUCGGACCCUGUGGGGGGCCCACAUCCCAGGAGAGGCGUCAGACCACUACCACAGCCAGAUCACUGCAAAGAGAAAGGUCGUGAAGAUGAUGGUUGUUGUGGUGGUGACCUUUGCUCUUUGCUGGUUGCCCUACCAUCUCUAUUUCAUACUGGGAUCAAUUAACAGAGACAUUUACAAGCAACAUUACAUUCAACAGGUUUACCUGGCCAUAUUUUGGUUAGCAAUGAGCUCCACCAUGUACAACCCCAUCAUUUACUGCUGUUUAAACCAAAGGUUCCGUGCUGGUUUCCGACAUGCUUUUUCUUGGUGUCCCUUCAUCAAAAUAUCAGAGGAGGACAAGAUGGAGCUGCAGCAUACACACACCUUCCGAGUGACCAUGACACGCAGCCUACACAAAACGAACGUAUGCUCUCCUAUCAAUGCAAACCACAAAGGUGACGCAAACAAAAGUUGUGGGCAAGGAUGAUGCCAAGUCAACACGAGCGACGUUCAUGGUGCCGAGAAGUUGUUUGUUAUCUCACAUUGAUCCAUGAGAAGCCGCCAUCAUUAUUUCCUGCGAACAUUGACGACGUGAAUGUUGCAUGUAGUUCAGUGCAUACUGCUGAUCAACUCAUUUGAACCAUUUAGGUGUGCUAAAGUUGGUGGCAUCACUGGAAGUUCAACUAUUAACAUUGUAGAUCCCAAGAAUGUCUACCAGACGAGUCCAUAAAUGGCAAAAUUACCAGAGCAGUGGUCAACCAGAGAAGAGUAAAUCUAAACACAUUAAAAGAUAUUAAAAUGGUACAAAAAUAGAGCAAUAUGAUCAUUUUGGAAAAAAAGCUACAGAUUUAUAAGUUGCUCUCAUCUAGUAAAAGACAUGUAAUUGUUUUGUCCAAUAUUUUUACAUUGUAGAAUAAUUAUCAUUGCCAUCAUUAGAAUCAUGCUAUUUGAAGUGUGGGUUGGGUUAUGGCAAUGUGCUUUAUUAAUGUUCACUGCAGUCUGUAUUAGCAGAUAUAUUCAAUUCGUGCAUAUUUAAUGUGAGCCGUAUGAAAGAUUUCAGGCAUUUAUGUUGGUGUAAUUGUAUGCAAAGCUCUAAAGAUAAAAUAACGUCAAAAGAAUCCUCCAGCUUUAAAUUGUACACUGACGUCACAUUUCAAACCUGUUAUCUUAUUUCCUUCCGUAUAAUACUUUCCAUUUCACUGAAACCUAAAUAUCGUCUUUCACUUCAAUUGCUUGGGGAAAAAAAAGAUGAGCGUCUUAUUAAUGUGAUAUACUAAAUACAAAUGUUUUGUGAGGUAAAUAAUGACUUUGAAAUCAGUUCAAAUGUGUUGUAUGCAAAAACUGUCAGUUGUUCCAAGACUUAAACGUAUU